AUGGACAAAAUUAUUAGCGAAGGCUAUGCACGAAAGGUACCUUUAGAAGACUUGAAUCAAGAUGAUGGACGCGUUUGGUAUUUGCCGCAUCAUGGUGUACUACAUCCCAAGAGGAAAAAACUUCGAGUUGUGUUCGACUGUGCAGCGAGGUUCCAAGGGACUUCACUGAAUGAACAAUUAUUACAGGGCCCUAACUUGACAAACACGCUCAUCGGGACUUUGAUGCGAUUUAGAGAGGAGGAAAUCGCUGUGAUGGGAGAUAUCGACAGCAUGUUCUACCAAGUACGUGUUCCGCCACAAGAUGCUACUUUUCUACGAUUUCUCUGGUGGAAAGAUGGAAAUCCUUCCAAUAGUUUACUAGAGUACCAGAUGAUCGUGCAUUUGUUUGGAGCCACAUCUUCGCCUAGUUGCGCCAACUUUUGUUUACGAAAAACAGCUCAAGAUUGGACAGGACAUUUUAGUGAUGAGACAAUAAAGACAGUUCUUCAGAAUUUCUACGUUGAUGAUUGUCUGAAGUCAGUGAAUUCUGUAAGAAAUGCUGUGACAUUGGUGAAAGAGUUACAGGGACUCUUGGAAAGUGGGGGAUUUCAUAUAUCGAAGUGGAUCAGCAACAGUCGUGAGGUCAUGUAUUCGAUACCAAAAUCCGAUAGAGCUAAAGAGGUCAAGGACUUAGAUCUUGACUAUGAUACACUACCAAUAGAGCGAGCCCUCGGCAUCCAGUGGUGUGUGAAUUCUGACAUCUUCCAGUUUAAACUAGACUUCAACAGGAAACCACUUACGAGGCGGGGAAUUCUGUCAAUGGUGAGCGGUGUGUUUGACCCACUGGGAUUCUUAUCUCCACUACUACUCAAGGCCAAGAUCAUUCUGCAGGAAUUGUGCAAACUUCAGCUUGGAUGGGACGACAAGAUUCCAGAUGACACUGCUAUUCAGUGGAAUAAUUGGUACCAAGAUCUCGAGAAAUUGAGGGACUUCAAAGUGAACAGAUGUCUGAAACCUUAUGGUUUUCAUCCACUCAUGGUACAGUUACAUCAUUUUGCUGAUGCAAGCGAAACUGGAUAUGGUACAGUGUCAUACUUGUGCAUGGAGAACGCUUCUGGUGAACAUCACUGUUCCUUUAUUAUGGGAAAAUCUCGCGUUGCUCCACUUAAGACAACAUCUAUUCCACGAUUGGAGUUGACAGCAGCCACGGUAGCCGUCAGAACCAAUAGGAUGUUACUUAGAGAAUUGAACAUUCCUGUCCAUCGCAUUACAUACUGGACCGACAGCAUGGCCGUUCUACGUUAUAUUCAGAAUAGUACGGCGAGAUUUCAUACUUUUGUGGCAAACAGAUUAGCAGUUAUCCACGAAGGGUCACAACCAACUGACUGGAGAUACAUUAACACAAGGUUGAAUCCAGCGGAUCAUGCAUCUAGAGGUAUCUCUGCAGAUGGCUUAUUGAAACAGGAGAACUGGAUCAAACCCUCUAAUUUCUUGUUUGAACCUGAGGAUCAUUGGCCAACACCAGCUUCACACCUCACUGACACAGAACUGUUUGACAACGACCCAGAGGUGAAAAAGGUUACUGUAAAGACAGUUGUCACAAAAUCACAGGAAUUACAAGAGAACACAGCAGAUAUUAAUGAGCUGUUUCAACAUCAUUCGUCUUGGUAUUUAUUAAAACGUAGUGUGGCAUGGAUUUUGAAGGUGCGUAAAGAACUGUUAAGACGUGUUCGUGUGAGACUGUUCGAGAUGUGCUUACUAGAGACUUUGAAUAUAUGA